AUGUCUGAUUAUGGAGAUGAUGGAAACAGAUAUGAUUUUGAUGAACCAGUUUUAGAUGAAGAUGAACUUUUGCCAUUGCCAGAUGAUGAAAUUAUAGAAGAUGAUAAUAUAAAUGGUUUAAAUGAAGAAGUAGCAGGAGUUCCUGGUUCUUUUGGAGGUUCUGGAGUGCAAGAUGUGGAUAUGAUUACGAUUGGUGAUUCAAGGCCACGGUUUUCAAGAAAUCGAGGAAAAGGAAAGGCAGUUGCUCCUGAAAACAGAAUGACAACACCAUAUAUGACAAAAUAUGAGAAGGCAAGAAUUUUGGGAACUCGAUCUCUUCAAAUAAGUAUGAAUGCACCAGUGCUGGUAGAUCUUGAAGGAGAAACAGAUCCAUUGCAGAUUGCUAUGAAAGAAUUAAGUCAGAAAAAAAUUCCUUUGCUUGUGAGAAGGUAUCUUCCUGAUGGAAGCUAUGAAGAUUGGGCAGUAAGUGAGUUGAUCACUGAAUAA